CAUGCAGGCUGGGUAGAGAGGGCUGUGGGCUCCAAGGAUGAGAAAUGGUUUGUUAACUGGUCAUAUCCUCUCCCCCAGCAUCAGCGCCCCCGCACCCUGGACAGAAGGGCUGAUGUGCGCUAGGAUCUUGCUCUCUCCUUUGUGCACCAUGGCCCAGACAUUAAGAGAGCAGCCUCCUCCAUGCCAGGCUGUCUCCCCCCUGCCCCACCACAGCAACUUAUCUGCUAUGUUCUCCCCCCUCACACCGGGGCUUUGUUCUCGUCUGUGGUGAGCUCCCCAGCAGAGAGGUGUGAGGCCGGCCAGGAAGGAAGGGGAGGGGAAAGCCCCCAUGAGCUUCAAACACACCAUUUUAGGGGCUCUCUGCUUUUCGGAGGCUCUGACUGGCCCAGCUGGACCCCCCUGCCUCCCACCUGGGGCUAUAAAGGCAGCAAGGGAGAGUGCCCCUCCAGUGGCAGGGCAGAGACGCACCAAUGGCUUUGGCACUGAUCGUCCCCUUGGUCCUUGCUGUGGCCACAGCAUCAGCCCAGCUGGACCAGGUCCCCGAGAGAUGCCUCCAGGGCCCGGCAUACUGGUGCCAGGAUGCAGAAACAGCCACUGAGUGCCGGAAAGAGCAGUUCUGCUUGAGCUUCUGGGACACUGUUCUGUGGGAUCGGCUGGAGGAGGGAGCCCUAAUUCCAAAGCCCAAGAAGCUGUGCACCCUCUGCACCAAAGUGAUGCAGCAGCUCCAGUCCAUGGUGGGGGAGGAUGCUGACGAGGACACCAUUCAGAAGGCCCUAAAGACAGUGUGCAAGGGAUUGGGCAGGCGCCUGGUCCGGCAAUGCAGGUCACUGGUGAGGAAAUACGAAGACCAGAUCAGUGACGCGCUGCAGAAUGGCAGUGAUCCCCAGGACACCUGCACCGACCUGGGGCUCUGCUCGGACUCCAGGGAGCUGCUAGAUGACCUGAGCUGAUGCAUUCCCCGGAGGAUGCCCAGCCUUGGCUCCCCACCCUCCACGCUGCUGCAGACUGCCUGGCGGAGCCAGCUGGAGCAGGCCUCAAAGCAUCACACUGGACAGCUUGGCUCUGUCUCCCUGCAUAGGCAGCUGGACCCUGGCACAAUUCCCUGCCAGCAGCAUGUGCUUUGCAUCACCCAUCUCCAGCAGCUUUGCUGACUAUCUAGGCUGCAUCCGAAGCUGGUAACACAGCCCCAGAGAGGCUGGGGGAUGCCGCCAGCUGGACCUGCCCCUCCUUCCCCUGCCUCUGGCUUCCUCAGCAAUAAAGCACUGUAGGCAAUGCA